UCUUUUACAAGGACACAGAAAAGGACAAUUUCCUCUCUGUUGCAUGGAAGCUUCAUCUUGCCUGUUGAAUAUUCCACAAUUUAAAAGUGCAGAAUCCCCCUUUUCCUCCUUUGUACUUGACCAUCAUCUCCCUUUCUUUAAACUCAAUGCAAGCAAGAAUGAAAUAUUAUUGGCACAGCUAGUGGCCCAUUCCUCUUUCCAACUGUAAAAUAGGACAAUUUAUCAACACCAACCUACGGUACUAGUUGAAGACCAAUGCUAGAAGACUCCUUGUGAAGGAGAAGCUUUACCCCCUGCAGUGUAUGUGAAAGAUUGCUCCUCCCCCAGCAAGAUGUGUUUAUGGAGGGGAGGGGUAGGAGCUAACCCACUUUAGAAUGGAUUAUACCUCUCUGAAAAUCUAAUCACAGAAGGGCUUCUGGAAGGAAUAUGUGCCCCUGGAGGAAAUGAGAAAUAGCUGGAAAAGGUCCUCCUUUUAUUAGUCCACCUAAUCACAUGAAACAGCUGCUCCUGUUUGGGGUGAGGAAUCUGGACCACACUUAUUUGGAAACAGCUUUAGAACUGAAGUGGGCUUGAAAGAGAAAAACGUCUUGAGAAAAUGUAUUGGAGGCAAAAUACCAGGUUUAUUUUAACAAUAACUCUGGUUUUGCAGAAUAUUAAUUUUGGAGAAGGCCUUAGAAAAGAAGGAGACACUCAUGACCCUGAAGGAAAUGUGGAUGUCAUGAUUCAAAAGAACAGUGCAAAAGAGCGAGGAGCCACCACAUUAAAAGUCUUCAGUGUUGUGAAUCAGAGCUCUGUGUAUAAAAAGCCGAGACCAAUUGUACCUUUCACUGGGCUAACAAAGAGUCGAACCCUUAACCGGCACUGUUGUAAAAAUGGAGGAACUUGUAUCCUGGGCAGUUUCUGUGCCUGCCCCAAAUACUUUGUUGGCAGAUACUGCGAGCACGAUGAACGGAAAAGCAACUGUGGCCCAUUCAUGCAUGGAGAAUGGAUAUGGAAAGGUUGCCAGCUGUGUCGAUGUGGUUAUGGUGUUCUUAAAUGUUUAUCUGAACAAAGGCAAAACUGUGAUUUAAAUAAAGAAGAGGAAUUCAUCUAUUUAUCUUCAAAUUGUCCAAGAUUACAGCAAACAAUAUGCUUUCUUAUUCUUCUACUAGGCUACUUUUUCACUUGGUUCUGCACAAAACUUUUCUAUCAGCUUUGAAGCUGUCAAUUAAUUUGGACUGAAAAUCCUGCAGAUGCAUCUGCAGAGUGCUAGAAACAAAGACUCUGUUGCAUUUCUACUAUUUAUUUUCCUGUUUAACAGGAAUGCUUUAAGAUAUUUACUUUUCAUAAAUUCCAGUUACAUUUCUAUGGUGAAAUCACCCUUAAUUGCCUCAUUCCAAUAGUGUUUACUAAAAUAGUAUCAAGAAUAAAAGAUGCAGUUGUCUUCCUAUUAAGGAUUUGUAUAAGACCUAAUUCAACUUUCCCAUAUCUGCUGCCCCUCAAAUAGUUGAAUUUCAGCUCCCAUAUUAGAAGUUGCGGUCCAAGAGAUUUCAAGAGCACCACACUGAGAAUACAGUGUAAAUAAAUCUGCAUCAAUGAAAAGUAAAAUCAAAAUAUUUAAGUGAGCUCAGUUCCUAGUGACCUGAGAAAUAUACUUUUUUUUUGCGACAAUAUGAAAAUAAUUUCUGAUUAUUUUCCCAUUCUAGCCUUUUUACCUCCUGAGGAUUUCCUAGUAUUCUCCCAUCCUGCUAUUAACUGAAAACACCAGUGGUGUUUCACAUGUUAGCUCCGGUAGCUCCACGUUAAACCAAAGGUUAAGCUAUUGUUAAAUCAAAACAAGUUUAAUGUUGCACAAAUACUACUUCUCUUUAAAUUAGAUUUAAGCAGAAUAAAAAGUUUAUCUGUUGCAAUAUUGACUCUUCCAGUGGAAGAAAACUUAGGUAUUCUAUGACAUUAAAAUAUUUUCAAAUAGUGUUUCUGUCUUGCUCUCUUUAUGAGUGUAUAUUCAAGCUGUAAAUGCACUGACAAUGUAUUAGAGGUUCAUCUUGCUCGACUUCAUAAUGUUUCUUACUAGAAGUCUAUUCUAUCAGUUACAAUGCAUCGCUAUUACAUUGUUAGGAAUGUGCAAAUUGGUCUGUUUCUGAUUCAGGUAACUUUUAUAUGUGUUCAUUGAUAUACCAGGUCUGUUGUCUGCUUUAAUCUGUAAAAUAAAGACAGAAUUUUUUU